CUUUAUCUCUUCUCUUACAAUUUUCUUCAGUUUGUUGGAUGGACCUUAGCCCUUUUUAGAAUUUUGAGCAAUUUUAUUUCCACCAAGUCUGUCACUGAGGCUUAUGCUUCUGCUGGUGAACUAAUUUGUUUGCUGCAAUGUUGUGCAUUCUUGGAAGUUAUACAUGGGGCUAUUGGGAUUGUUCCUAGUGGGAUAGUGCUUCCUCUGAUGCAAUGGAGUGGAAGAACUCAUUUUUUGCUAGCAAUUGUUCGUCAAAUUGUUGAGGUUUUGUAUCUUUCGUAUCAAAUCACACUUAUGUUUAUGCAUUAGCUACUCAAAUAUGAUAUGCUAUGUUGCUCUAACUCCAUGAAAACGUUGUUGCACCCAUGUCAGAUACUCCAAAAUGCACUACUUUUGGAGGAUCCGGCUCGCAUCUGGUGAUAUUUUUGAAGAGUCCGAGCGACAUAGAGUACUUGCUCUUUUUACAUAGUAUUGUCGCGGGGUUAAUUAUUGGUGACAAUAACAUGAUUUAUGGAAAUUUAGUCCAGGACUCGCCUUCAGUGUUCAUAACGUUUUCCUCUUGGAGCUUAAGUGAGGUGAUCAGAUACUCGCACUAUGCUUUGAGUUGCAUUGGCAGUCCACCGUACUUGAUCACAUACCUCAGGUACACUGCUUUCAUUCUACUGUAUCCCGUUGGAGUCGGACCUGGUGAAAUAUGGCUUAUGUACCAGGCACUUGCGUUCAUUAAAACGAGAAAUCUGUAUGCAGAUACUCUUCCUUUCAGUUAUUAUAACUUUGUCAAGGUUCUGCUUCUGUUAUACCCUCUUCUAUGGUUCAAACUUUAUCUGCACUUGUUCAAGCAACGCCGAUCAAAGCUGGGUAAAUAUCACAAGACAAAGAAGACAUGAGAGUCCAUGAAAUUAAUCUUAAAUAAAUUAAAAGUCUCUUGGAUUAUUUUAUUUCACAUUUUGUUAUGGAUAUUAAUCAGUUAUUUUAUUCCAUUAUAUGUACUAAAAUGAUGGAUUACAUGUCCAAUAUAAAAGGCAAGUAAGCUAAUCACAUGAAAUAUCCUUGUC